AAAGAAAGUGACAUUGUGGGACAUGGUUGUUUUGAAAGUUCUUACUCUGUUUUAUCUAGCCAGUGCAGGUAGUAAAAUAUACAAUAUCACUGUAUUUUCACAAUGAAUUCAAUAAACAGGCUCAUUCGCAAGGCUAGAACCCUCUUAACUACAAGCCUGGUUCAAAAAUCGGUGACCUCGGGUACUGAUGGAGAAGUAAGAAUCUCUCAGCUAUUGAAAGAAAAGUUCCCCCAGGCUGCAUCUCUUAAAGUAGUAGAUAUUUCAGGGGGCUGUGGAUCCAUGUAUGAAAUCCAUGUAGAAUCUGAAGAAUUUAAGGGAAAAAAAACAGUACAGCAACACCAGCUGGUCAACCAGGCAUUGAAAGAGGAAAUUAAAGCAAUGCAUGGACUCAGAAUAUUUACUGCUGUUCCUAAACAAUAGGAUGAAAUAUGGACUUAUGAGACUGAGAAUGUCCUGGUUGGACAAUGGAUAUGCCAGAGGAGGUCGAAAGCAAUUGAAGACAGAAUAACAGUUGAAACAGAUGCCUCUUAAACCCACUCUCAUCCAGGGGGGACUGAGAAAGAAUGAAGCAUGACAAUGACAAAACAAUGUUAAAUACCAGAUCAGGAAUAUUCUAUUCACUUAGAUGGCAGUCUCAGUUAAUAGAUUUGUUUUUGGCAACCCCCCCCCAGCAGGAUAAUAUGUCAAUGAAAAUGGAUAUUAAAAUACAUAUUUUAUUAUACACAAUGCACUGCCUGUACAGUUACGUUAAUUGUGCACUCAAAUAUAAUCAAUUACUUUGUGCUGUGGAGCAUGUACUCUGUUACCAAACCUACAAUGAAAAUGUACUGUACUCAACAUUUGUAUAUUGGAAAAUAUAUCCAGUCUUUUUUUUAUACCAUACAAUUGUUGACUUUAUGUACACAUUCA